AUGUCUCGGCAAAAAACAGAUUCCUUGGCCCAAUACCGGGAGGAAGAUGAGUCUCUAGACGAUACUCUACUACAAGAAACCGCUGGUGAACAGAAAACCACUCGCAAGAAGGCAAAUUCUGCGGAGACCUCUGGACACUCUAGCCCCCGUGUAAGUGCGGACUUGGCCGAUACUUUCAACCUGUUCAAGUCAUUCCUGGACAACAAACUAGAUACUCUCAAGGAGGAACUCUCUACGGGUAACGACAUCGAAAAUUUUACAAAAACCAUUAAAAAAGAGGUCUCUGUAAAAUUCAAGAGUGAAGGGAACAAAAUUCAGUUUAACUUUAAUACUGAAAUAUUGGGUGAUUUAAAUAAACUUAAAAAGCGCAUUUCAGAUUCUUCCACAUUGAGCAUCGUUACAGAGCUCAUUUCCAAGGUCACUAAACGUAACAAGCUCAUCAGGAUCGCCGAUAAAUCUCCGGCCGGGUGGUCGACAGUCCGUGAGUAUGAAAGUGAUGAUUUGGCGUCCGACUCUGAGGACGAAAAACGUCUACGUCAAGCUGAAAACCGAGCAUUACGAGCUAUCAAGGAAAAACGCCGUUUUCAGCCAUAUUCCAAGUCUGGUUCUGCAACAACUUCGCUACCUGAUGGUAGGUCUGGUGGUUCUGGCCGUAAUUUUCGUCCCUACAAGCGUAAGGAGGCCUCUCCAUACGACGUGUGCUACAACUGCCAUAAGCUCGGCCAUUGGAAAUCCGCAUGCACUGCCCCAGCCAGAACCAACAACCCAAGCACAAGCUCGUCAACCCAGUGAUUAUGAGAAUCAUUUUGCAGAUGUUUUCAAAACUGGAAAUUGGAUUUCGUUAUGGAGGACCUCUCAUCCCUCCUUACAAUCGCUGGCAAAGAAACUUCCGGAUUUAAUCAUGAAUUCCAAGGCUGAAAACACAAGAAAAACGUACGGAUAUGCCUUCAAUAAAUUUCGUAAGUGGUGUUUUACACAUAAUAUUUCAUAUCUUCCUGCAACGGAUUUCCAUGUAUCGUUAUACUUAACAAGUCUCAGUAAUACAUGUAGCAGUACAGGGACAAUUGACGAGGCUUUUUAUGCAAUUAGCUGGGCGCAUAAAUUGGUGGGAUGUCCUAAUCCCUG